UUACGUUGCGGUAACGAACACAAGAGCGACAGGAAGUUGCGACGGCAGCGCGCGCUUGCUUGGUAACAAGCCGGUAGAGCUGCAGAAUAACGUGAACCUCCGCAGAGUGUAACAGAGCCACGCAUUAUAUAGAAAGAAGAGUAGCGAGAGAAGGCUUUUAAUUAAGAACCCAUCUCAGUGGUUAUGUACCUACUCCGUCUAUCUAAGAAUUAACAGCAUUCAUAAACAAGUGUCAUUUUUAGGUGCGUGCCCGGUGUAUGAGCGACUGUAGGAGUGUGUCCCCAGUAUGUCAGUGUCCGUGAUCAUUAAGUGGGGCGGCCAGGAGUACUCUAUCAGCACCCUAUCCGAAGAAGACACGGUCCUGGAUCUCAAACAGUCCAUCAAGUCCUUGACGGGAGUGCUGCCCGAGAGACAGAAACUUCUUGGGCUGAAGGUCAAAGGGAAACCAGCUGAGGAUGACAUCAAGCUGGGUUCUCUAAAGUUGAAGCCCAACACCAAGAUCAUGAAUGGAAGCAGAGAGGAGAGUCUGGAAGAGGUGUUAGCCCCGCCCCCGGAGAACGACGAGGUGGUCAACGACUUUGACAUAGAGGAGGAGGUCAUCGAGGUGGAGAACAGGGAAGAGAACCUGGCCAAGAUCGCCCGAAGGGUCAAAGACUACAAGGUGGAAGAGAUGAACACUCCGAGAGAGGGCAAGAGACUGCUGGUUCUGGAUGUGGACUACACACUGUUCGAUCACAAGUCGUGUGCAGAGACGGGUCAGGAGCUGAUGAGACCGUACCUCCAUGAGUUCCUCACCUCUGCUUAUGAAGACUACGACAUCGUAAUCUGGUCUGCCACCAGUAUGAAGUGGAUAGACGCUAAGAUGAAGGAGCUAGGAGUGACAGACAACCCUAACUACAAGAUCACCUUCAUGUUGGACAGUGCAGCUAUGAUCACCGUACACACUCCCAAGAGAGGGGUAGUGGAGGUGAAGCCGCUAGGUGUGAUAUGGGGGAAGUACAGAGAGUUCUACAACAAGAAGAACACCAUCAUGUUUGAUGACAUUGGCAGAAAUUUCCUCAUGAACCCACAGAAUGGGCUGAAGAUUCGGCCGUUUAUGAAGGCCCACCUGAACAGAGACAGUGACAGAGAGUUGUUCAAGCUGUCCCAGUACCUGAGGGAGAUAGCCAAGCUGGACUCCUUCACCGGCCUCAACCACAAACACUGGGAGAGGUACCUGUCUAAGAAGCAGAGCCAGUGAAAGCAGGAGAACUGGAUGGGAGCAGCAGACAUCCUCUGUGGACAUGGAACAGGACACCUCCACCCUCUCAGCAGCCCUCCUCCGCUCCUUCACCCCCCCUCCUCCUCCCCCCCCAGGGGAUGGGGCCAGCCUGCGUGAUGUCAUCAGACUGACUCCUCCCUCUGUUUUGGACACCUGCCGCCCAUGGCAACCAAGCAUAUCUCAGUAUAUAUCCCUCCCCCCCGAUGUUACAGUGUUUAUACACGUCGUUAUGCACUUGACCCCCUACCGAACACACACACACACAUGAUCUGCACUCAGGCUAUUGGGAAACCGACCAAACCAAACUGGACCUGUUGGUGUGAUGUGAGGGGGGGGCGAUUAGUUAAGUACUUUCGGUUUGGGACACAGAGAGAGAGGGGCACUGACCCAUUCUGUAGGAAGGGGGAGAGGAAACAGUUGGAGGAGGAGGAGGAGAGGGGGACGGGACAGCAAGCAUGUUUCAAUAUGAUGUGUCGUUACUGUAGAUGGAGCGUUCUCAGAAAGACCAUUCAGAACACUUCUCCAGGUGGAUAUCACCCCCCCUCCCCUCUCCUCCACCUCUCUGCAGUGCCUGACCAUCUCAGUGCAAUAACCCCCAGCGGACCGGUCAGUAACAGAACACUCAGCAGGGGUUCUAGAGCAGCUCUGAAGGGUCAGUUUAUGUUUGGGAGAGACUGGUGUCGUACGACAACAACGCUCAAGACGCUCUAGCACUUAACUCGUUUGCGGCGCUCCUCGUCUCCAUAGUAACCACAACCUUUUUUUUUGUCCACGAUGUCAGCGACUGUGGUGUCCCAAGCUUUGAUUCAUCAAACCAAGUCUGAUUUACCUGAUUUAAAAAGGGUUCUUGACUGAUCGACUGUAUUCCUGCAUAGUUUGUUGCGAAAACAUCUCCUCCAAGUGACCCUUGGAUCUGACAGUGGUUGGAUAGGUGGAAACCGGAGCUUCUCCAGGAAUGGAACGAGUCAUGGGACGAGUUGGGCAGCUGUGCUCAGACAGUUCUGUUUUCCGUGUUAGAUAGGAAUCAUUUAGAAACUAGGGAUAUUUAUUGUAAUACGACUUUUGUGUUCUCUUGUAAAGUCUUGUUUUGUUGUCUGGUGACAGAGACCUUGUAGAAGAGAAGUCCGCAGCUUUCAAUUGAUAGUGAAAAUUAAGGUACUAUAGUUUACAUACACCGCGCUGUUCACUGUGGCAAAUACCCCUGGGUAACACACACCUGGAAAACUGACUAAUUUGUUAUUGACCAUCAUGUCGUUUUUUGUUGUUGUUGAUGCAGAGCUUUUCAGGAGUUUGUUGCAGCACAGACACUGGAGCUAGUUAAUAUCCAGGGGAGGAUGGAGACUGUGUGUUAGGUCUGGUCUGGACAGACUUCACUGACCAGCUUAUGUUUGAGGAAGACUGUUUGUUUGAUUGAUCGUGUUGGGGAAACAAGCUGAUACCGGAUGGCUGUUGUACACAUAUCCUGACUGUAAAUAAAAUAAAACAAUGAUG